GGUCCCGAUGGCCGGGCAUGGGUGGGGUGCACUGUGGGUGUGCGUGGCAGCUGCUGCCCUGCUGCACGUGGGCGGGUUAGCCCGUGGCGACUGCUGGCUGAUCGAGGGUGACAAGGGCUUCGUAUGGCUGGCCAUCUGCAGCCAGAACCAGCCACCCUAUGAGGCCAUCCCGCAGCAGAUCAACAACACCAUCGUGGACCUGCGGCUGAACGAGAAUCGCAUCCGCAGCGUGCAGUAUGCCUCGCUGAGCCGCUUCGGCAACCUCACGUACCUCAACCUCACCAAGAACGAAAUUGGCUACAUCGAGGACGGUGCCUUCUCAGGCCAGUUCAACCUGCAGGUGCUGCAGCUCGGCUACAACAGGCUGCGCAACCUCACAGAGGGCAUGCUGCGUGGCCUGAGCAAGCUGGAGUACCUGUACCUGCAGGCCAACCUCAUCGAGGUGGUCAUGGCCAGCACCUUCUGGGAGUGCCCCAACAUCGUCAACAUCGACCUUUCCAUGAACCGCAUCCAGCAGCUCAACAGCGGCACGUUCGCCGGCCUCUCCAAGCUCUCCGUGUGCGAGCUGUACAGCAACCCCUUCUACUGCUCCUGCGAGCUGCUGGGCUUCCUGCGCUGGCUGGCAGCCUUCACCAACGCCACACAGACCUACGACCGCAUGCAGUGUGAGUCACCACCCACGUACUCUGGCUACUUCCUCCUAGGCCAGGGUCGCCAUGGCCACCGCAGCAUCCUCAGCAAAUUGCUGUCUGUCUGCACUGAGGACUCCUACACAGCCGAGGUGGUCGGGCCCCGCCUGGCACCCGGACAUUUGCAGCCGGGUCGCUUGCCACCGUCAGCACCGCCGCCAGAACCCAGUGACGUGCCCUGUGCCGACGACGAGUGCUUCUCUGGUGAUGGCACCACACCACUGGUGGCCCUGCCCACGCUGGCCACCCAGGCUGAGGCCCGUCCCUUCAUGAAGGUCAAGCAGCUGACACAGAACUCGGCCACCAUCACGGUCCAGCUGCCCAGGCCUUUCAACCGCAUGUACACAUUGGAGCAUUUCAACAACAGCAAGUCUUCCACCGUCUCCAGGCUGACCAAGCCGCAGGAGGAUAUCCACCUGGCCAACCUGUACACACUCACCAACUACACCUACUGCGUGGUGUCCACCAGCUCGGGGCUGCACCAUAACCACACAUGCCUCACCAUCUGCCUGCCCAAGCCACCCAGCCCACCCGGCCCCGUGCCAAGCCCCUCCACGGCCACCCACUACAUCAUGACCAUCCUGGGCUGCCUCUUCGGCAUGGUGCUGGUGCUCGGUGCCGUUUACUACUGCCUGCGCAAGCGGAGGCGCCAGGAGGAGAAGCACAAGAAGGCGGUCUCGGCGGCUGCAGCCGGCAGCCUGAAAAAGACCAUCAUCGAGCUCAAGUACGGGCCCGAAAUGGAGGCGCCCGGCCUGGCCCCGCUGUCCCAGGGUCCGCUGCUGGGCCCCGAGGCCGUGACCCGCAUCCCCUACCUGCCCGCAGCCGCCAGCGAGGUGGAGCAGUACAAGCUGGUAGAGAGCAGCGAGACGCCCAAGGCCAGCAAGGGCAACUACAUCGAGGUGCGCACCGGGGAGCAGCCAGAACGCAGGGACUGCGAGCUGGGCCGUCCCGGCCCCGACAGCCAGAGCUCGGUGGCCGAAAUCUCCACCAUCGCCAAGGAGGUGGACAAGGUCAACCAGAUCAUCAACAACUGCAUAGACGCGCUCAAGUCCGAGUCCACCUCCUUCCAGGGUGUCAAGUCCGGGGCCGUGUUUGCUUCUGGACCCGCGCCCGCGCCCCCGCCGCCCCACGAGGGCCUGGCCGGCCGCAAAGCGUCCAUCCUGGAGCCGCUGACCCGGCCGCGGCCCCGCGACCUGGCCUACUCGCAGCUGUCGCCGCAGUACCACAACCUGAGCUACUCCUCCAGCCCCGAGUACACCUGCAGGGCCUCCCAGAGCAUCUGGGAGCGCCUCAGACUGAGCCGCCGGCGGCACAAGGACGACGAGGAGUUCAUGGCAGCCGGACACGCCCUGCGCAAAAAGGUUCAGUUCGCCAAAGACGAGGAUCUGCACGACAUCCUGGACUACUGGAAGGGCGUGUCGGCCCAGCACAAGUCCUGAGCCCUCGCGCCCGGACCCUGCGCCCCUCCACUCCGAAACUCGUGACGCCCAUUGGACCAAAAAGGAUACACGAUCCACUGCAGCUAUUUGUAACCCAGAGACUCUCACCGUG